AUGAUUAUUCCUGAUGGAGUGUUGGUACUCUGGGACCAGAAGUACGCCGUGAAUGCAGCUGAUCUGGCCACUGAGACAGCUGAUGUACCGCUACACAAUAAUGGGAAGGAACACAGAUAUCGUAGGGAUGGAGACAUUACCCUAGACACCAGCUUAUUUCUCAAGGAUUCACCAUACUUCGAGCUGCCGGUACAGAACGUGACAGCCCAGGUGGGACGCACAGCUAAGCUCACCUGUGUCGUGGAGAAUCUAGGCCACUACAAGGUAGCGUGGGGGUACAAGGUGACGGGCGCGGUGUUAACAGUGUCGACGCAGGUCAUCACAAAAAAUCAGCGCAUUUCUAUACAGCGGGAGCAGCGCUCUACGUGGGUGCUGACCAUCGCUAACAUCACCAUGAAGGAUCAGGGCUACUACUGGUGCCAGGUCAACACCUCUCCCCCGCGAUCCAUCUCCGGCUACCUCGCCGUCGUGGAGCCGCCGGUGCUAGACGGUGGGGACGAGGAAGUGACGGUGAACAGCGGAGGGUCAGCUAACCUGACGUGUCGCGCCCAUGGGACACCCAUGCCCACCAUCAGGUGGAUCAGGGAGGACUAUGAUCGUAUCAGAAUCAGCGGAGAUCACUUUGCGUCAGAUUAUGUGGGUAGCACACUGAUGCUGCGGGAAGUGAACCAGCGCAGCGCCGGUGGCUACCUGUGCAUCGCUAGCAAUGGCCACCCGCCUUCCAUCAGCAAGCGGGUCAUCGUCAACGUCAACUACCCACCCCUGGUCAAAGGUCCAAACCCAUCGUCGUGGGCAGUUAAAGGCACCACCAUCAGCUUAACGUGCCUCUACGCCGCCCAUCCAGAGCCCAGUGUGAUCUGGACGAGGGAAAACUACCUGGGGUCACAGCAGCUCAACGAGGAAUAUUUCACCGUCACCCCCCAAGACGGCCACCCGCCUUACACACAUAACAUGACGCUCAACAUGAGGAACUUGGUGCCGUCAGACUUCGGCAUCUACACCUGUAGAAUUAAGAACUUUUUGGGCGAGGAGCAAGCUACCACCGUCUUGAGAGAGGUGUGGACGACUACGACGCCCUCCACCACAACCACCACCUCCACCACUACCACAACCACCACAACAGUGCCGCCACCGCCGCCACUUGUUUACGGCGACUACGACGACAACGCUAAAAACUUGACGGCGCCACUCCUGGUGAACACCUCACCCGACAUCUCCAAGGACCCUGAUGUCCAGUCCGCGCCCUCCAGGGAUCAACAUUACGGCAACAGAAAGUCUAAAAACAUAGCUAGGAUUAACCUUUUAGACAAUAAAACAAGUUACGGAACAAGAAGUACUUGCUGGGCGGGCAUCAUUCUCUUCGUGCUGAGUCAACACCUGUGGAUCCGUGACCUGUUCCUCUAGUUGGUCAAUAUCCAUUUACAUCAUUCUCAUCCGCAGCUCCUGGCCUCGUUCACUCACACUUCACCCACAACACUAAAUCAUCAGAGGCCACAGCACCUGGCCUUGUGGCUAGCAAGUCACCCUCAGAAUCAGGACAUAAACUUCAUAUCCUAACUUCGUUGUCUCACCCCUUACUAUAACGUCAAGGACAUUUUGAGGAUAUGUAAGAUAUCCUCAGUUUAACUGAGCCUCAUAAACCCUGGUUUUGAACUUAACGAGCUUAGAAGAACCAGGAUAUUUUUGACAACAGAAUCUAACAUAGCAGAUGAACCAUUCCGUCAGAACCAGAUUACUAAUGGCAGCAGAUCAUGUUAAGAUGCUACGCUGAGAUUCGGGCAAGUAGUGAUUACUCGAUCAUACAGCAUAAUAUAACCUUCAGAUUCCAACUAUCAGUGGCAUUGUGUCCCCAUCUGUAGCCAAGCUACCUCCACAAACAGGGUACAUGUGCUGGCAGGAUAUGGUGAUAUUGUAGCCCCUGAUCAUUGUACUGUAGAUACAGUACCAGGUGUUGUAGCUAAUGAUAACUGGAUCUACAGCACCAGGUGUUGGAACAACUGAUGACUGGAGCUACAACACCAGGUGUUACAGCCACUGAUCACUUGAGUUACAGCACCAGGUGUUACAGCCACUGACCACCUGAGCUACAGCACCAGGUGUUACAGCCGUUGAUCACUUGAGUUACAGCACCAGGUGUUACAGCCACUGAUCACCUGAGCUACAGCACCAGGUGUUACAGCCACUGAUCACCUGAGCUACGGCAUCAGGUGUUACAGCCACUGAUCAACUUAGCUACAGCACCAGGUGUUACAGCCACUGAUCACCUGAGCUACAGCACCAGGUGUUACA